UGCAUGGAAAUAUUUUCUAGCACGCCAGUUCAGCCAAAACUGCAGUCGCUGUAGCAGUUUAGGUUGCCGAAUACCGGUUAAUUUUGAGCGACGAUUCUUCCUACUCGUAAUCUGUGGGAUAUAGAUAUCCCGAGAACUUUCCGCCAAGCGGUUGUUGUGCUUCGAAGUAAACAGAAAAAUUUAACAUCAUUUAUUGCUGUUUGCAUUUCCGAAAGCAACAACACGGGUCAACAAAUUUGACGGAUUUUAGAGAGUAUUUGAAAGAAAUCUUGGCAAAAUGGACAUGAGACAGGAGCUGUACGAAACCGAUAUUUCAGUGUUAAAAUGCAUUUCCAUUUCGCAGAUCACACUAAGCAUCCUCCUUCUCGGCCUCAGCAUGUUCACCGCGACUAUCGACCUCGUGACGCAGAUCGGUCUUGGUUUCGCGUACCUGUUGUGGUACAUCCUUCCCGCCGAGUUCAUUCUCGGCUUCCUGACGCUCUUCCUCGGAUCCUACGGAGUAUACAUGAUCCGCAAUGAAGUCCGUAUCAAGCGACAGUUCGAUAUUUUGUCGGUCACCAGCAUCAUCAACUGCAUACUGUGCGUCUUCAUCUUGGUGUUUGACGGCUUCACUGUGGCGUUUCGCCUGAUCGCCUUUAUGCACGGGGUCUACUUGUACGGAAUGGCCCGUACCUCGUCGUUUCUGGAUAUCCUGGUGCAGUCGCUGGCGAUUGUCAUACUGGUCCUGAGUGCCAAGACCGCGCAGAUCACUCUCUUUCAUGCCGGCAUGCUGGCGGGAGGACCACAGGUGGCCACGGAGAAUGUCCGUUAUCGCAACGAGAAAGCGUCGGGCGCGGAAAAGCCUCUUCUUGAAGUGCCAUAAAGAUGAAUUAAUAUCAGUAUACGUAAAUUUUCUGGGUGCGAUUAAGCGAAAUCCGUUGCGGUUUUCUCCUUUAUUUCGAAAAACCGUGUUUAAUAAAAAAGUAUUAAAAAAAUAACGAUAGACAACGAUUUUGCUGUGAGCGGAUGCUAGUUCAUAAUAAAAGCAGGAUUUAUGAGGUCAAGUUAAAGUAUCGCGACCGUUUUUUAGAAUUUGAACACUGCA